AUGGAGGGGCCUUUUGGAAGAUGUCUUUGCUCGCCCUUGUUCACGUUCCAAGUUGGUCCAGAUAAAAAGGAAAUAACCGUGCAUUCUUUUGCUUUGGCAGAGCUUUCCAAGUCCCUGAAUGCUCUCAUCAAUGGCGAAAUGAUUGAGGCCAAAACCAGGCGUGUUGACUGGUCAGAUGUUGAUUUGGACACGUUCACUCGAUUGUGUGAAUUUGCCUAUCUAAGAGACUAUACACCGCCUUCAUUUCGAAUAAUUGAAGGCUACUCGCCAACUCUGAAAUCCACAAAGAAAGCCUUGAAACGUGCCAAGAAAAAGAAAGCCUUCAAACAUGGUUCGAAUGCUUCUAUCUGGGGUGAACCUGAACCAGAACCCGAACCAGAGCCUGAACCAGAGCCUAUACCCGCAUCGGAUCCCGAGCCUUUUCCCGAAGAAGCUCCCGACCCUGAGAGUUCCUCCGAAGUCGUCUUAUCCGGUGGGCUCGAAUUACCGUACAAAGAGCGAAGCUUGUGGACUCAGCAUUUGCGUGAUGCUUUCAUUGAAACUCGCUUUGGUUCAGCUCCGGAAAGCGAGGAUUCAAACAACAAUUUCGCACCACCUAAAAACUCUGGCCCUUGGGAAGACUUUACCCCAGUUUUUAUUGAUCAAGCUCGACUUUACGUGCUGGCCGACAAAUACGGAAUAGAAUCUUUGCGCCAGCUCAUUCUUUCUAAAUUACACGCGACGCUGACAAGCUUCAAGUUAUAUCAUACAGGGGUUGCCGGAGUCAUCGAAUUUGUUCGCUUUGUUUACUCCAACACGCCACCAAAUCAUGGGAAUAAUGUCGAUGCCUUGAGGAACUUGGUAGCACGUUACCUUGUUUCUGUUCUUGGACAGAUUGGUGACAGCGAGGCUUUCAGAAAGCUGUUAGAAGAAGGAGGAGGCUUUGUCAUGGAUGCUUGGAGCAUUAUGUGGAGCGCGGACACUCGUCAUUAA